AUGGCUGCAGGUUCUUCUUCAAAUUGGGUCAUGGAAAGUGCUCAUGAUGUUCCUCAUGUUUUGGCCGUUGAUGACAACCUUAUUGAUCGCAAACUCGUUGAGAAACUCCUCAGGAAUUCCUCUUGCAAAGUUACAACUGCAGAAAAUGGGCCAAGGGCAUUGGAGCUAUUGGGCUUGACAAGUGGGGGGCAGAACACAAUGAACGAUAGAUCCAAAGUAAAUUUGGUAAUCACAGACUAUUGCAUGCCAGGAAUGACAGGCUACGAGCUACUUAAGAAAAUUAAGGAAUCAUCUGUAAUGAAGGAGGUUCCAGUAGUGAUAAUGUCCUCUGAGAACAUACCAACGCGGAUUAACAAGUGUAUGGAAGAAGGAGCUCAGAUGUUCAUCUUAAAGCCCCUCAAACAAUCUGAUGUAAAAAAGCUGACAUGUCAGUUAAUGAAUUGA